CAACAACAAUAAGCACGCAGAGUCUGGACACAGCACAGAGGGAGACAAGAAGAGAGUGUGCGUGCGAGGGAGAGAGUGCGAGCAAAUCGCGGGGAGGAGGGGCGAACAAUAGGGAUACUCAACUGCCCGUCCCGCCAAGAUGGUGCUCAACGUCCCCGAGAGCGGCCUCGUGUUGGAUGGCUCGGCCAAGUCGACGGCUAGCCUCCCAAUGCAGGCAUUCGGGAUCACAUUAAGCGACAAUGCGAUUGAGGAUAUGAUUCGGUGCGUUCAGAAUGGCCAGGACAUUCAAUUGUCGCUUGGCAGCAGUCCGACCAUCUCGUUCAACGACCAAGAGAUACAGUUACUCAAUUCCCCUUCUUCCUUCGGUUACGAUAUCUUCACAUCCAACUCGACAUUUCCGAGGGCCGUCAGCAAAUUACCGAAUCCGACAAUGUCAGUCUUCAGAGCCCCGAAGUACAAGCCGAGGCAACCAAAGGGCCCCACGGUAGAGAAGGCAGACAAGCCGGCUGGCCGCACGACAACAAAGGCGGCGACUGCAACACCCAAGCUCGGUCCAGUUUCAGACCGGGACUCUGCCUCAGGGGAGUCUCUCGAAAACGCCAUUUCAGACCUCAAGAACUCGUUCGCCAAAGUCGAGGCAGAAAAGCGAGAAAAUUCGGCCCAGAUUGUAGAUGGGAUUGUCACAAAGAAGGGCAAAGUGAACCGGACAAAGCUGUUGACAGCGCAGGCGAAUUCCGUACCGAGAUCCCUUCCAGCCAGUCCCGCGUUAAGCGGCCUAGCAUCGCCCUCACUGGGGCCAACCAGCAACCCCUCCCAGGACCGGGCAAAGCAACUGCGCUUCCCCAUCGUCCACGAGCUCGCUGUCCGUGAUAUGUCAUUCGACGAGCUCCGGGCCAAAUACGAAGAGGGCAGUCAGGACGAUUUUCAAGCCGCGCUCAACAAAGUGGCAGGCUUUGACAACGAUUUGCAAAAAUGGUCUCUCAAGCAGAUUUGCUGGAGGGAGUUGGACGUUUUUGAGUAUAACUACGCCAGCGACGAGGAUCGCCAGAAAGCCAUCGACAACGCCAUCAAGAAGUACGACCGAAACUUGCGCCUGGGAGCCUCAGACCCGCUGUGGCAAAAGCUUCUCCCCAAGGCGGACCGCGGUAAGGGGAUAUGCCUCAGCAAGCUGCAAGCUGCCAUCGCCAAGGUCCCAAGUGCGCCAACGCCAAGGAUCAAUGUCCAUAAGGCGGAUUCGGCUAGUGUGAGCGGAGCUGACUCGGAGAGGGAUGACUCGGCCAGCUCGACGGCGAAAAAGGGCAAGGGGGGUGAGCCAAUGUCGAGGACAAGCUCGCAGGGAGCUCCAGCGCCCGCCAAAAAGAAGCCUGCUGCCACGAAGACGCAGACUAAGAACCUUUUGAACAACGGCAAGAAGCCCUCCCCUGCUCUGGCGACAUCCAAGGCAUCGCCAAGAGCGUCACCCAAGGUUUCGCCAACCAAGUCAACCAAGUCUGCCUCCGGAAAGGGACGAGUGCUGUCCCAGGAGUUCGUGUCAGAUUCGUCCGAUGACGACGAGGUACCUCUGUCGACAUCCAUGCCCAAGGCGAAGCCGGCUACUACGACAGCUGCCAAACCAGCUCCACGCCCGGCUGAUAAGCCGAAGCCGGCGGACAAACCAAAGGAGAUUGCACCCUUGAAGGCAAAGCCAACUCCAGCCGUAAAGACAACGGUCAAGGAUAAGGAGAGGGAGCGGGAACGAGAGAGGGAGCGGGAAAAGGAGAAGGAUGAGAAGAGCAGAGAGAAGGACACGAUCCGUGCCCAGGUCGUUGCAAAACCGAUCAAGGCGGCCACGAAGCGCCCACGUGAUGCCGACGAUGACGAUAGUUCCAGCUCGGGGACUCCGCUCAGCAAACGCGUGAAACCCGCAGCCAAGGCGCCAGCACUUCCAGCCGGCUCGACGAAGCAGCGCACACCUUCGGAUGCAAGCCUAAACAGUCGCGGCACCGCCUCUGGCCUCUCCGCGACUAAGAGCAAGAACACGUCCCCGAUCAAGUCAUCACCAUUGGCUUCUUCGCCGCCAACAAAUGCGUCUGACUUGGAACAGGAGCGUGCUCGGGAUCGGGCACGGAGCCAAGAGCGAGAGCGCGAACGUGAACGUGAACGCGAACGCGAACGUGAGCGAGAACGUGAUCGGGAGCGUGAUCGGGAGCAGCGGGAGCGUGAUCGGGAGCUCGAACGGGAGCGCGAGCGUGAUAUAGAGCGGAAAGAGCGGGUGAAGGCGCGAGAGCGCGAGCGCGAACGGGAACGACAGCGCGAACGCAAACGACAGGAACGCGAUCUCGACACAAUCGUGAGCAGCGGUAACAGCAGCGUCGGAAGCAGCAUCUCCAGCGCCAUUUCCAAGAAGCGCCCAGCAAGCGAUUCAUCACUCGAGAGCAAGGCCAAGAGGCAGCGGCUGUCGAAGGAUCUGCUCGACAAGGCCAACAAGUUCAAGCAGUUCUACUCGCGCUACGAACUGCUGCACAAGGAGAUCGCGGCCCACGAGGACCCGCACCCCGACGACGUAGCCGACCUCCUCGAGAUGCACGGUCGCCUCCGCCAGAUGAAGGAGGAGAUUUACCACGGAGCCAAAUCGGAGUCGUGAAGGGCGCGGAUGGUUGGAAUCGGGGAGCUGGGGCUGUAGGAGGUG